AUGGACGGUGAGAUGGCGCAGAGUGACUCGGCUAGUCACUACGAAUUCGAUGCACCGUCACAUGUAAUUGAUUUCAAAACAUUGGAUACGGAGGACAACGCAGACAUUUGGUUUGGUAAGAAAUGUUCGCAAGCUUAUGCACGAUAUUAUACAAUAUUUCUGAGGAAAUCAGAUCUUAAGGGGAUGUUUGUAAGGCAACGACUUUACUAUUGUCCAACGCACUCAAUACAGUUCCCAUUGGCUAUGUAAGAAGGGAUCUUCCCAAUAUUAAUGCAUGCAUUUCGAAAUAUUUGUCAGCGUGCUCCAAUAGGUGUCUGGCUAAAUGCUUUAGCACCUACUGUAACUUGUAAAGUUGUUGAAUUUACACUUUAUUCUUGAAUCAUGUGACUUUCUGCAGACCAAUGUGCUGGCCAGGAUGAGGGAAUGUUUGGCCUCCUUGCCACCCCAAACAGAAACAAUAUAUCAUUUGGAAUGACCCCUAAAACACACUUGCCCAGGGUGAAAGACAAUUCUAACUCAGGUUGGUACUUUGGACAGUUUUAUGAUUAUCCAGGGUGAUUUCACACUUACAUUCAAAAGUUGGACUGACCUGUGUGUAAUAUGAUAUCUAUUCAUGUUUCCACAGUAGAGGCCCCAAGCACUUCCUCAGGACCCACCACAGCAGAUGCCCUGAGCAUGUCCUCAGCUGCCCUCCCCAACAUUGUCACCUCCUGGGGAAAUAAGCCAGCUCCGGUAGCUGCCCUGCCAAAAAAGAAGGGACCCCCUGCCCAACCACGCAGGUAUGUUGCUUCUAGAACACUCAGCUCGGCUGACAUCUUGAGAGUUCUAAGGCUCUACAUUGGGUGUCUAAGGAAUGUGGAGAAUGUGCCUUGUCUUCUUUUUGAUGAACCCAGUUGCAGCCAUCCUGCUGCAUUCAUGGGUGUUUGGAAUAUUUAUUUUAUUAGUCUAGUUCAAUGGGAAAGGAAAGAUACGACAGAAGGUUAUAAUGCUAAAGUAAUGUUUAUUUCUUCCAUAAAAGCAUCGACCUGUUUAGCUGCAGACCAGUCCAGGAGUAAAUUAAGUUCCUGUUGUAUUUGACCUAACUGGUCAGCAUUAGACCAAGCAACUAUGCUUUUAAGUGUUAAUAUAACACUUGUUUCUCCACUGAAGGGUGUCAAAGCGCAAAGAGGCAGCCAGCAAUGAGGAAGGACGGCACACCGCCCCUCAAGCCGCACCACCUGUCAAGAAGCAGAGAAAGUCAGUAAACUUAUAUAUUUGCCCAAUCCUUCCUGUGUUCCAUGGUUAUGAUGAGCAACUGUGUGCCUGGGAUUAUUAAAUCUAGCCAGCUCAAACCCAACUGCUGGAAAAACCUUUUGUCCACUUCGAACAACUGGAGUGUCUUGUCUUCCCCCUUUCACCACGGUGGAAAUGUAUUUUGAGGGGGCUUGUUUAGCAUGGUCCAAACUGUUCACUAUUGGGUUUGAAAUAUGACAUUGGGUGUUGGUCACUGGAGAAUGUGCCACUGUAUUACUAUUUCACAUGCUACGCUCUCCACCUCUUGUGGACAAAAGUAACCAGACUGUCUCUGUCUGUUUUCCAGGAGCUCCUCAUCUCUACCCCCAAGACGCAGUGUUAGUGCCCGCACUAGCGGCACUGUCUGCACCACCGUGCGACUCAAUCCCAGAGCAGCCACGCAGGCCCGGCCCGUUGCACCAGCCCCCAGCAUCAAACAGUAAGUCAUACUGCUAUCACUCAUGGGUUUUAAUUAGUCAAGUAGGCAUGAGUGACUUGAUAUUGGUGCCGACAAGACGGUCAGUCUUUUAAUCCAUGGAUUCGUUAAGGAAUUUGACUGGUAACGUUUCCCAGCCCCAUCCCUCAGCGUUAAUACCCUAGCAGUAACUCGCCUUAUUCAACUAAUCAAGUGUUUACACUGGGCUAGGACAAAAGCUUGCAAACCACAGUGGUUCUCAAGGACCAGGAUUGUAGAACACUGCAUUUGAAGGUUAAUAUCCCUAGAUUGUGUUAUGAAGUGUGUAUGUCAACCCCAGGCAUAAGAGCUCUGAGCAGCAGGAGAUGGAGCGCAUCAAGACUCUUCAGAAGGAAGUGGCUGACCAGCGGAAGAGGAACGAGGCCAGUUACAGGGCUGCCAUGGCAGGCAGUGAGUACUCCUUCCUACAAGUGAAGAUUUGCAAAUCUGUCUGCAUUAAGCAGGAUUUUUCUUACAUUUUCGUCAUUUAGCAGACUCUCUUAUCCAGAGCGACUUACAGUUAGUGAGUGCAUACAUUUUCAUCAUGUCGUCACUCAGGUCAUCCCCCUAAGAAGCUGGCUCUGGCCACCACCGUACCCAAAGAGUUCAACUUCAGCACAGAUGGGCGUGUGAAGGUGGGCACUUCGCCACCGCACAGGGAGAUGGACUUCACCGCUCAGCUCCGCAAGCACCCGUCCUCCCCUGUAAGUAGUAGCUUUAUGUUUGGCCACAUCAGCUGCUAUAGCAGUUUCAGGGAUAGUUCACAGAACCCAAAUAUAUGAUUUUCCACUUCCCUAAGUUGUCGAUUCACCCAGACAUAUUUGUUUCCCCUUGAAUUCAUCUCCUGAAUUAUUUCUUUGUCAGGCCAAGGCGCCAAAUGGAACUACUGUGCCCAAGCCCUUUAACCUGUCUACUGGCAGCAAGAGGAAGAUGGAGGACACUGCCCCCUACGUGCCCAUGGCCCAGCAGAUUGAGCAGUUCCACAGACAGACUCCGACCCGCUACCACCUUCGCAGUCGACAGAGCCAGGAGAGGGGUGUGUGUAUUAGCUCUAAUCCAUCCAGUCUUUGACAUUGUUAUACAGUCCCAUGCUCUGGGGUGUGCUUACUGUAUGCAUGUGGGGGAAGUAAAAAUGACAGCAAAUUACAAUGAUAUUCUCUCCUUCAGGCCCGUCGCCUGUGAAGAGUGAGCAGCUGAAGAUCACCCACCCUCACACCCCUCAGCUGAUGACCCGGCAGAGGAGCCGUCCCACAGCGGUCAAGAGCUGCGCUGAGCUGGAGGCCGAGGAGCUCCAGAAACUCCAACAGUGAGUCCACACUUAGGGCUUUUUCACUCACACCCUCUGUCCUUUUGCUGUCAUGCGGUGUAGCCUAUAAAUAGUAGUUAUUAGACUUGGUGGGUUACUUCUACCAGCGUGUAUUCUACGAAUGAAGCCGACACUUUUACUGGUACUCCAGUCCAUUCAUGGUCCAACGACUCUGAGCCCUCUUAAGGAGAACAGAACGUUCAGAUAAGUCAUACAUGUUCGACAACGUAUUUCUGUUUUAAAUUUGAAUAGGGAAUUGUCUUCACUUAUUCUAUUUGCUACCUUCAUUAUCCACCCCUGUCCUGUGGUAUCUUCCAGGUUUAAGUUCAAGGCCCUGGAGCUGAACCGGAAGAUCCUAGAGGGUGCGCUGAACCCCAAGAAGCCCACUGUGAAGGAGCCCACGCGGCCUGAGGGCUUCAAUUUGCACAUGGACAAGAGGCUGGCGGAUCGAAAUGCCAGCAAGAAGCCGGAGGAGCCCGAGGAGCAGCACAUCUUCCACUCCCGCCCGCUGCCGGUCAGGAUCCUGGAGGAGGUGGUGGUGAGUGCUACACGGCCAACUCUAGUUUUUACUAGAUUGUCAUGGAUUUUUGCGCUGGAUUGGUAGUACAUGUAGCCUAGGUGCCAGUCUGUUAGCAGUCUGCUCCUAAUGGAAUUGUCAUGCCAAAUACUACUCUUUCUGUUCUCCUUUGUUUGGCAUGCUCAGUUUUAACUUCAAAAACAUUCUAGCGCUGGUAUAAUACCAUGAUGGUAUAUAUGUGAUGGUGCGCUUGUUAAUUGUCUACCCACACCUGUUGGUUCACAGGGUGUUCCGGAGAAGAAGGUGCUGUGUCCCACUGUUCCAGAGUCCCCUGCGUGGGCCUUGAAGAAGAGGGUGCGCAUAGACAGAAAGGUGGAGGAGGUGAAACCCCCGGCCCCGCUCAAGGCCCACGCUGCACCCCACUUUGGCCUGCCCUUCCAGCCUAAGCUCCAGGACAAGACCCACAUGGAGGUGUGCCCCUUCUCCUUUGAAGAGAGGGAGUGUGAGAGGAGGGUGCUGAAAGAGAAGAGGCUGGAGGAGCUGAGACAUGAAGAGGUACUGCCUUAAAACGUUCAGUUUUUCUCCUCUGGUAGCGUUUGCCUCAAAUUCUAUUGAUAGGGUUAACCUGAUGACUAGUGCCACUUUUUGGGAUAAUGAAUUAAUGCCUUUGGCUGCAAGUUGUUUAGCUAGAAAAUGUUAUCGUAACCAGAUGUCAAAUUCUGAACCUCUCAGGUGCCAAAGUUCAAGGCCCAGCCACUGCCGGACUUCCAUGAGGUGGUCCUGCCAGAGAAGAAGGUGGCUGAGCCCACCAAGCCUGAGCCCUUCAAGCUGCUCAUCGACAAGCGGGGAGCUGUCAAGAACGACCGCUGGGAGCAAAUGGUAAGGCCAAGGCGGGGUCCCUUGACAACUCCAGAGUGGUACUGACUGGCUUUAUUGAAUUCCUGCUCUGCUGUCAAACUGAAGAUGUGGCAAAGCUCAUGCAGUUGCUUUCAUACUCUGACCGUAUCAAUAGAAUAACUAGUUCUUAUUUCUGACUGGCACCAUAGUACUGUAUGUCAGGCACAAUCAGUUUUUUGUGUACGUGCAUAAACUAUUUGCAAAAUCCUAUUUCCUGCCUAGGGCUGUUGCAAUGAUGAUAUUACUGCCACACCAGCAAUCAUGAGUCAUGACCGCAGUAAAAUUCGAAUCAUCUCUUAUGCGCUCUGUGCAUGCAUUAGUAGUACCCAACUGGCUAACGAUCAUCAGGUCGCUAAUGGCCUGGUACUCUGGGCUCUAUUGUCCCUCUAACCACUAACGUCAAUGCAAUUUAAAAUCACAUCAAACACUUAUCAAAACGGUGUGCUUUUAAAACUCGCCUCACUGUGAUUGAUCAAUUUCAAGAAAGAAGUUCAACAGGUUGAAACUGAGUGGAAAACAUGGUCGUUGUUUCAAAGAACCUGAAUUAAAAUGACUGCCGUUAUACACUACUGCACAUCACACAUGGCAGAAAAACUUUUAAAAAACAACAACUUUGGUACAUAAUUGGUCUAGCCUAAAUUAAACAAAUUCUGAUUUUAGCUUACAAUUAUAGUGAAUUUGAAUAGCCUAGUGAUAGGACAUUUUGUAAAAUAUUUUAAUAGCUGACGGAAUACCUUUAGCUACAGAAUAUCUCACCGCUGUGAGUUUCCAUCUCCUUUCUCCAGCGUGCAGAGAGGGGCUGUCAACCGUUUAAUUAAAUAUGUUUAGUUGUGAACACGUUACUAUCAAUGUUCCUGAACAGAUUUCACUUGGUUUCCCAAAUUAAGCACUGGGUAGCUGCAGGAACAGGGUUGGAGAGCCCAUGGCAUACAGAGUUUGGGCAGAAUAUCACCUGUUGUGUAAGAUUAGCCUACCCGACUUGCAUGAAAAACGUACCUGCAGGAAAGUGGCCUCAUUUGCUAUUCCAGUGCAUACAGAUGACAUGUCUUGCUCCUGUUGCCCAUUUGGGAAUGGGCCUUUCUAAAUCAAACCUAAUUCUACAUAUUAGUAAAGACUAAAUUAAAUUGAGAAUAGUCUGAUGGAUGAAAAUAUGAUCACUUAAUGAGAACUGCAUGUGCAUCCUGAGGCAAGGUACAGAGCAGACUUUUUUGACUUUCUCAAAUCAUCAAUAGCCUAUAGUUGCAUCAUGCAGCCCAUAUCUUUUGAUUUCUAAGGUUUGUAUCAUUCACAACUAAAGUUACCAAAUAACUAAAUGUAGCGUAUAGGACCGGUUUCAAAUUAUCACUUUUACACUCAACGUUGCCGCUUCAUAUGCCCGCACUCUCGCUCCGGAAUGGGGAAAAAUAUCCUUUCUGUUUUAUUCAGCCAAGUUCAAUUAUAAUUCUUCUUACUAUAAAAUAAUAGCAAGGGACAUCUUAUCUGCUAAAUGAACAAGCCUAUGGCAUGGCGCAUAGCCCGAUAACAUACAGUAGGCCGCCAACUCUUAUCUUCUGAAAUACAUUUUCUUCAUAUACAGUGAGGGGGGGGAAAGUAUUUGAUCCUCUGCUUUUGUACGUUUGCCCACUGACAAAGAAAUGAUCAGUCUAUAAUUUUAAUGGUAUGUUUAUUUGAACAGUGAGACAGAAUAACAACACAAAUCCAGAAAUACGCAUUUCAAAAAUGUUAUGAAUUGAUUUGCAUUUUAAUGAGGGAAAUAAGUAUUUGACCCCUCUGCAAAACAUGACUUAGUACUUGGUGGCAAAACCCUUGUUGGCAAUCACAGAGGUCAGACGUUUCUUGUAGUUUGCACACAUCUCAGGAGGGAUUUUGUCCCACUCCUCUUUGCAGAUCUUCUCCAAGUCAUUAAGGUUUCGAGGCUGACGUUUGGCAACUCGAACCUUCAGCUCCCUCCACAGAUUUUCUUUGGGAUUAAGGUCUGGAGACUGGCUAGGCCACUCCAGGACCUUAAUGUGCUUCUUCUUGAGCCACUCCUUUGUUGCCUUGGCCGUGUGUUUUGGGUCAUUGUCAUGCUGGAAUACCCAUUUUCAAUGCCCUGGCUGAGGGAAGGAGGUUCUCACCCAAGAUUUGACGGUACAUGGCCCCGUCCAUCGUCCCUUUGAUGCGGUGAAGUUGUCCUGUCCCCUUAGCAGAAAAACACCCCCAAAGCAUAAUGUUUCCACCUCCCAUGUUUGACGGUGGGGAUGGUGUUCUUGGGGUCAUAGGCAGACAAUAACCUGGUUGCAUAAGUGUGCACACCCUUAAACUAAUACUUUGUUGAAGCACCUUUUGAUUUUAUUACAGCACUCAGACUUUUUGGGUAGGAGUCAAGAUGUGCCAUGCUAAUAGACGUGGCAAUAUUUGCCCACUCUUCUUUGCAAAAGCACUCCAAAUCUGUCAGAUUGCGAGGACAUCUCCUGUGCACAGCCCUCUUCAGAUCACCCCAGAGAUGUUCAAUUGGAUUCAGGUCUGGGCUCUGGCUGGGCCAUUCCAAAACAUUAAUCUUCUUCUGGUGAAGCCAUGCUUUUGUGGAUUUGGAUGUGUGCUUUGGGUCGUUGUCACGCUGAAAGGUGAACUUCAGCUUUCUAACAGAUGCCUGAAGGUUUUUUGCAAAAAUUGCCUGGUAUUUGGAACUGUUCAUAAUUUCCUCCACCCUGACUAAGGCCCUGGUUCCAGCUGAAGGAAAAACGGCCCCAAAGCAUGCUGCUGCCACCACCAUGCUUCACUGUGGGUAUGGUGUUCUUUGGGUGAUGUGCAGUGUUUUUGCGCCAAACAUACCUUUUGGAAUUAUGGCCAAAAAGUUCAAUUUUGUUUUCAUCAGACCAUAACACAUUUUCCCAUGUGCUUUUGGGGGACUUGUUUGUUUUUGCGAACUUCAGCCGGGUUUGGAUGUUUUUUUUUUUUGUAAGAAAAGGCUUCCGUCUUGCCACCCAUAGCCCGUUCAUAUGAAGAAUACGGGAGAUUGUCACAUGUAGCACACAGCCAGUACUUGCCAGAAAUUCCUGCAGUUCCUUUUAAUGUUGUUGUAGACCUCUUGGAAGCCUCCCUGACCAGUUCUCGUCUUUUCAUACAUUUUGGAGGGACGUCCAGUUCUUGGUAAUGUCUCUGUGCCAUAUUUUCUGCACUUGAUGACUGUGUUCCAUGGUAUAUGUAAUGCUUUGGAAAUUAUUUUGUACCCUUCUCCUGACUAUCUUUCAACAAUAAUCCCUCUGAUACUUUGGAAGCUCUCUGCGGACCAUGGCUUUUGCUCUGAGAUGCAACUAAGAAAAUGUCAGGAAUCCUACUAGAACAGCUGAACUUAAUUUGUGAUUAAUCAGUGUCACUUUAAAUGAUGGCAGGUGUGUAAUGACUUCUAUUUAACAUGAGUUUGAAUGUGAUUGGUUAAUUCUGAACACAGUUAUAAGCGGGUGUGCACACUUAUGCAACCAGGUUAAGGUUUUUAUGUUUCAUUUUUCCCCCUCAGAUUUCAGUUUGUUUUUUCAAUUUAAUUGUUCACAUUAUAGGUCACAUUAACAGUGGAAAAAGUUCUAACAUUAUUUAUCUUUGUCUCAUACUUUUACAACACAAAAACCUGGCAUUUUAACAGGGGUGUGUAGACUUUUUAUAUCCACUAUAUAUAUUUGUUUACCUUAUUUUUCUCCCCAAUUUCGUGAUAUCCAAUUACGAUCUUGUCUCAUUGCUGCAAUUUGACAGGAAUUUCAUGACCGCCACAGCACUAUUCCUGCCCAAGCCCCUCUGUUUUGUUCUCUCCAGGUGAAGGAGGAACAGAAGCACCAGGCGGAGGCAGCCACCUUCAAAGCUCGACCAAACACGGUCAUUCACAAAGAGCCGUUCAUCCCCAAGAAAGCGAACCGCUCUGUCCUGGGUAAGUAUGACCACACCAGCCUCACUCACCUCUUUCUGCACUGUGGUGGCCAUAGACAACCCUGGUCCUGGAAACCUGUUGGAUCUCUUUAUUUAACUCACAACUUCUCCUCCCACCCUUUAUCUAAGGGGUUCCCCCAAUUUUGUCACCCUGAGCAGUCCUCUUGGAUCAUUACCUAUCUCGAAGGGAAAGAUGUAGUGCGACUCAUCUCUAACCUAUUUAUUUCCCUCAACUUCAAAUGCCAGUCUGGUUUUUCUUAGAAAAGUCUCUAAAUGCUGGAUCAAAGUUGCCUACUCCUUUACAUGGGCUUUGUUUGGGUAACGCUGAGCUUGACUUCUGCGCUCUAACCUUUUUCUGCCUUUCCUUUACAACCCCCCACCUUUUUUUUUAAACACCACCACCCAAACCCUUUAUCACCUCCCUCUUUUUUUACUUGCCUCUCUUUAGAAGACAUAAAUAAUUCCGUAGUUCCAGAGGGCUUCCAGCUGUCCACAGAGCGCCGCGCCAAGGAGCGGCUGGAGUUUGACCGGGCGGUGAGUGAGAAGGAGGCACUGAGGGCUCGCUUGGAGGAGGAACAGCGCCGGGAGCAGGAGGAACGUGAGGAGGAGGACAUGGCCAGGCUACGCCAAGAGCAGGUAACUACACUAACCUUAGACCAGCCCCCCAGAAAUUGGUCAUGUGCUUAAAAUACUGUAGAGCUAAGUUGUAGCAUGGUAAGGGCUUGUUGUCCAUAUACCAUUUUUAAACCAGCUCUAUUGAAUAAACCAUUCUCCCUCUACAUGUGGAGGCAUUUGUUCCAGCACAAACACCUGGGUAGGGUAGCCUACCUGAACUAGUCUAAAACGUUCCUUUUUUAAAAACGUUGUGUACCCUAAUCUGUUUGCUCCAGCCCUGCACCAACACACCUGAUACAACUAAGGAAUUGCUCAUUUGGGCCUUUGGUAUAGUUUAAUCGGGUGUGGUGGUUUGUUGGAACAGAAGCCCUGGUUGUACCUUAGUGUAACAUGAGUGUUUGACCAGCGUCUUUAUGUCCUCUCUCCGUCCCUUAGGUCCACAAAGCCCAGCCCAUCAGACGUUACAAACAGCUGGAGCUGAAGAAGAGCAACGUCACACUCACUGUGCCCCAGUCUCCCAACUUUUCUGAUCGCUUCCGCAUAUGA